AGUCUUGUUCAAGUGUCUUAACUUGUAGCAGGCACUUGAAACGCUCAGUGGAUGCGGCAAACACGCUGACGCAGGUCACUCAUCCUAGAAGAGCAGAAGCUGAGCAAAGUCAGGCGACCCAAACACAAAGGGGCAAAUUUCAGCAUUUUAACACGGACAACAGCCUGAUCCUGUCUGACCUGGACUAGACUUCUUAAAUUUUAUUAAUUCCUAAACUUUAACUUGCUGCAGCCGAAUAUGGAUCGAAAAAUCCCUGAUUUUUCUGGCACCUGGGAGAUGAAAAGUUCUGAGAACUUUGAAGAACUCUUGAAAGCUUUAGGUGUGAACAUAAUGCUGCGCAUGAUUGCGGUGAAGGCGGCCUCCAAGCCACUAGUGGAGAUAACGCAAGAUGGGGAGACGCUGUCGAUUAAGACGUCAACCACAGUUCGCACCACUCACAUCACCUUCACAGUGGGACAGGAGUUCAACGAGACCACUGUGGACGGGCGUCCCUGCACGAGUUUUCCGGUUUGGGAAACGGACAACAAGAUCAGCUGUGAGCAGACUCUGCAGAAAGGAGACGGACCCAAAACGUCCUGGACCCGAGAGAUCACCAGUGACGGCAAGCUGAUUCUGACCAUGAGAGCAGACGAUGUGAUUUGCACCAGAGUGUACGAACGACAAUGAAAAGAGCACUUCUCCCUUCACGUCCUUCAGCAGCUUCCUCCUCUUUACCGUUACGUCCUCCAAUACAACUCCUUAUGCUAGAUAUUUAGUUUGACACUUUUACCUAUAACUUUAUCAAUUUAUCAAGUAUUGUAAUUGUGCGCUACACACAUUUUUUUGGCACUGUGCUUCCAGAGAGCCUCAACAAAUGUUUGUUUCACUGUGUGCUGGAUUUUCUAAGUCGGCAGUUCAUGUCUGAGGCUUUGUUAGAGCUACUUGUAUGUGAGUGUUGUGUGGGAGCCGAUGAGGUGUGAGUCUAAAUUUGUAGAUGUGUAAACCAAUCUUUGAGCUCUUCCAGUACCAUGUCAGCUUUGAUGUGUCCAGCUGACCUCUCUGUUUUUCGUAGCCACGCCCCUCUGAUUUUUCUAUCUCAUUCUAAUAUUGUUUAUUUAUUACUUUACUAGAAGUGGUUUUUACUUUGUGUCUCUUUUAUAUGAAAUAUGACAAAAGGAAUGCAACACUUUCUAUGAGAAAAACAAUAAACCACAUCUUUAAGUCCACCUCAUGUAGCCAAAAAACAUUCCAGAAUAACUUUUCCCAUACCCUUUAUUUUAUGAUUUGUGUGUAACUAUAGCAUUUGUUUGCAUUAGGUUGCUCUGUCUUAUUUUAGGCUUCAUGUCUGCUGUCUACAACCAGAAUAACUUGUCUGCACUCUCUGAGGCCCCAUGUUAGUUUUCAGUCUGUCCAUCUCUCCCAUCUUCUGUCUGAAGAGCUUUUCUUUGCCCCAUGUCCUCAUAUUUCUGCAGGUUUCCCAGGUAAUAUGCAGGAAUAUUUAAUAUUGAUCAAACUAAGCAACCUCUGCUGUGAAACCUUUUAAAAAUAGGUAAACGUUAUCUGUCUGGAACACGUCCAAUGAUAAUAAAACUAACCAAUGAGCAGAUGUGGAUAUCUCUAAUUAAUUUGUUAUAUAAUAUGUAAAAAGCAGAAAUUAUAUUUUUUGUUUGUUUUAGAAGUUAUGUGCUGUUUUAUUUCUAGGUUGUGGACUAAAACCUCAUAAUAUCAGCUGUUUGACUAAGUCGUUGUGAUACUUCAAACAUUUUAGAGCACUACAGUGUCUGAAGAAAGCAUACAUUUAUAGCAAAGUGAACCAACAGAUCUACUUUUUUGGCAUAGGAAUGGCAACAAAAUUCUUACAUGUUCCUUUUGUUUUGCAAGUCAAACAGCUGCCUUUUUGGGAGGUGGGAUUGACUAAAAUGCGCUCUGAUCAGAAAUAAAAUUAAGCACCAAACAUGAA